AUGUCGUUAUUUAUCAUCGUGAAUGUCGGAGCCACCCUUUCACUGCUGGCGCCUUCACCUCUCGAGUUGCCGGCUCCUCUCGGUGCCGCCGUGUCGGGAUACGGCGCUGCCCUCGUCGCGCACCCUCUCGCGACCAAGGGUGCGACCGCGCUGGCGCUCUCCGUCAGCGGCGACGCGGUGACUCAGGUUGCCUCCCGCGAACCGGAGCGGGGCGACAGCGAGGCCAGGGGCGAGUGGUUUGACGCACGCCGCAACCUCGGCUUUGGCGCCUUCGGAGGGGCGUACGGCCUCGUGCAGGGCGCACUCUUCGACGUGCUAAACGAGAGCCCGGCGGUCCCCGCCCUCUACUUUCCGCUCUUUUUCGCCGUCGUCGCCGCCGUGCGAGGCUACCCUCCCUCCGAGGCGGUCGAGUACGCGCGCGCGCAGAUCCGGCCGCUCCUCCUCCGCUGCUGGUCCUUCUUCCUCCCGCUGCAGCUGUCCAACUUUGUCCUCGUGACCUACGUCUCCCUCGGCUCCUUUGUCUGGACCUGCAUCCUCUCAUACGCCUCGUCGCCACCGCCCGCCGCCACGGCGCGCGGAGCCGCCGCCGAGUGCGAGCCGGUGAUGGAGGUGUGCGAGGUGCCCCUGGAGCCACCGCCGGGCGGGCUGUCCACCGACGACCUCCUGGUGCGACGGCGGGCGAGGCGCGGGGCGGAGUGA